AUGUUAUUUAUGGAAUCCUAUAUGUGCUAUUGCUCAGUGCGAUUGGGUGUCAUCAUUGUGGCUAUUCUAACGAUUAUCCGCUGCAUGGCCUUGAGCAUUGUAUUGUUUCUGAUGGGUGUGAAAUGUUUUGACCCUUUAAUCGAUUUAUUUGAACACGAUUCGGAUUACAAGGAUCGAAAGUCAAUUCGAAAAUUAAUCAAUUGGAUAGAAAAUUCUCCUGAAAAUUGCCUAGUUUCAUUGCAGGUGUUGCUUUAUGCACAUACUGCGGCUGCCAUUUUGAGUAUUUGGGGUUCCUUAAAGUUACAAAAAUGGCUGGUGCUUCCCUUGGCCUUUUUUGAGCUAAUGUACUUUCUUCAGUUUACCAUUCAGCACAUUAUUCUAAUGAUAAUGCUGAAAAAACAAAUCAAUUUGGGUUUGCUGAUUAUACUUACCCUUAUAGGUAGUUUCUAUAUACUUUUUGUGGGCUACAACGCCAUCACCUGUGUGGCCAUGUUCCAAGUCAUUUCUCUGGUGCGAAGCCCCCGCUAUCGAGAGCUCUAUGGCGAUGACCCCUUUCAUCCGCUUGCCACGAAGUCCCAUCCCCACAAGGACUCGUCGGUGCAACAGCUCAGGGUGCUCAAAAUGGACAACGACAACGACAUGGACAUUGAUGAGCAGAAGCGUUUGUCCAAGCUGGGCCUGUGGCCGCGUCGGUAUCCACAGGUGGUAUCCGUAAUUCCUGUGCAGGCGCCAUAUCCCGCGCUCAAAUGGUGGCAACUCCAGGCCAUGGACACCGGACAGGAUAAGCUGCAGCUGGACUCGUCGGCCGUCUAUCGCAACUGGCAGCAGGGGGAGCUCCUGAACGGCGUGGGCGGCGAGGUGCAGCGAAAGAAUGCGCUGAAUCGUCGCUAUGCCGAAAGUCAAAUGCAUCGAUGGUACUAG